GGGUCUGCGCUCUGGGGCCCGCGCGGGAGCGAGCUCGGCGCGGCGCCGGCGGCCGGUUGAGCUGUGCUCUCAGCUUCGGAGCAGCCUACCCUGGCUGAUUGUGGGGCGCCCUGUAAUCUGCGCUUCGCGGGCGACCCCCGACGGGUGAGGCGCCCGCGGCCAGAGCUCUCCAAGGCAGCCGCGGAGUCGGUCCUCGCAGGGAGGUGUGGAAGAUCUGCUUGGCUUUGAGGAAGAGUGGCAGUACUGCCUCACUGCAUAAGGGAUGGGAUCAGAGAACAGUGCUUUAAAGAGCUAUACACUGAAAGAACCACCAUUUACCUUACCCUCUGGACUUGCUGUUUAUCCCGCUGUACUGCAAGAUGGCAAAUUUGCUUCAGUUUUUGUGUAUAAGAGAGAAAAUGAAGACAAGGUUAAUAAAGCUGCCAAGAUCAGCAGCAGUAUUGUGUCCGGAAUUGGUGGGUUCUUGGUCUCACUGACUUCAAGAAUGAAGCCGCGGACCCUCGUGCAUUUGAAGACACUUCGUCACCCUUGCUUGCUAAGAUUUUUAUCUUGUACUGUGGAAGUGGAUGGCAUUCAUCUUGUCACUGAGCGAGUACAGCCCCUGGAAGUGGCUUUGGAAACAUUGUCUUCUGCAGAGGUCUGUGCUGGGAUCUAUGACAUAUUACUGGCUCUUAUCUUCCUUCAUGACAGAGGACACCUAACACACAAUAAUGUCUGUUUAUCAUCUGUGUUUGUGAGUGAAGAUGGACACUGGAAGCUAGGAGGAAUGGAAACUGUUUGUAAAGUUUCUCAGGCCACACCAGAGUUUCUGAGGAGUAUUCAGUCAAUAAGAGACCCAGCAUCUAUCCCUCCUGAAGAGAUGUCUCCAGAAUUCACAACUCUCCCAGAGUGUCAUGGACAUGCCCGGGAUGCCUUUUCAUUUGGAACAUUGGUGGAAAGUUUGCUCACAAUCUUAAAUGAACAGGUUUCAGCGGACGUUCUCUCCAGCUUUCAACAGACCUUGCACUCAACUUUGCUGAAUCCCAUUCCAAAAUGUCGGCCAGCGCUCUGCACCUUACUAUCUCAUGACUUCUUCAGAAAUGAUUUUCUGGAAGUUGUGAAUUUCUUGAAAAGUUUAACAUUGAAGAGUGAAGAGGAAAAAACGGAAUUCUUUAAAUUUCUGCUGGACAGAGUCAGCUGCUUGUCAGAGGAAUUGAUAGCUUCAAGGUUGGUGCCUCUUCUGCUUAAUCAGUUGGUGUUUGCAGAGCCAGUGGCUGUUAAGAGUUUUCUUCCUUAUCUGCUUGGCCCCAAAAAAGAUCAUGCGCAGGGAGAAACUCCUUGCUUGCUCUCACCAGCCCUGUUCCAGUCACGGGUGAUCCCCGUGCUUCUCCAGUUGUUUGAAGUUCAUGAAGAGCAUGUGCGGAUGGUGCUGCUGUCUCACAUCGAGGCCUACGUGGAGCACUUCACUCAGGAGCAGCUGAAGAAAGUCAUCUUGCCACAGGUUUUGCUGGGCCUGCGUGAUACUAGCGAUUCCAUUGUGGCAAUUACUCUGCAUAGCCUAGCAGUGCUGGUCUCUCUGCUUGGACCAGAGGUGGUUGUGGGAGGAGAACGAACCAAGAUCUUCAAACGCACUGCCCCAAGUUUUACUAAAAAUAUUGACCUUUCUCUAGAAGAUUCUCCUAUGCGUGUCGUCUGCAGCCAUCACAGUCAGAUCUCGCCAAUCUUGGAGAACCCCUUCUCUAGCAUAUUCCCUAAAUGUUUCUUUUCUGGCAGCAUGCCCAUCAACAGCAAGAAGCACAUACAGCGAGAUUACUACAAUACUCUUUUACAGACAGGCGAUCCAUUUUCUCAGCCUAUUAAAUUUCCCAUAAAUGGACUCUCAGAUGUAAAAAAUACUUCGGAGGACAGUGAAAACUUCCCAUCAAGUUCUAAAAAGUCUGAGGAGUGGCCUGACUGGAGUGAACCUGAGGAGCCUGAAAAUCAAACUGUCAACAUACAGAUUUGGCCUAGAGAAACUUGUGAUGAUGUCAAGUCCCAGUGCACUACCUUGGAUGUGGAAGAGUCAUCUUGGGAUGACUGCGAGCCCAGCAGCUUAGAUACUAAAGUAAACCCAGGAGGUGGAAUCACUGCUACAAAACCUGUUACCUCAGGGGAGCAGAAGCCUAUUCCUGCUUUGCUUUCACUCACUGAAGAGUCUAUGCCUUGGAAAUCAAGCUUACCCCAAAAGACUAGCCUUGUACAAAGGGGGGAUGACGCAGACCAAAUCAAGCCGCCAAAAGUGUCAUCACAAGAAAGGCCCCUUAAGGUUCCAUCAGAACUUGGUUUAGGAGAGGAAUUCACCAUUCAAGUAAAAAAGAAGCCAGUAAAAGAUCCUGAGAUGGAUUGGUUUGCUGAUAUGAUCCCAGAAAUUAAGCCUUCUGCUGCUUUUCUUAUAUUACCUGAACUGAGGACAGAAAUGGUCCCAAAAAAGGAUGAUGUCUCCCCAGUGAUGCAGUUUUCCUCAAAAUUUGCUGCAGCAGAAAUUACUGAGGGAGAGGCUGAAGGCUGGGAAGAAGAAGGGGAGCUGAACUGGGAAGAUAAUAACUGGUGACAAUAGAUGUGAGUUAAACUUUAGGAAAAAGGAUUCCCUUUUUUUAAAAAAAAAUCAAUACCUCAAAAGCAGGCUUUGGGACAAGAAAACCCCAAAGUGGCCUGCUUUUCCCAUCCCAGGAGCUCAUUAUCCAGUCUGUGCCAACUGAAGUAGGAGACUGACUGAGUGCUGGCUAAAAGCCCUGGGUGGUGAGGCUCACAGUACUGGUUUCCAGGAGGAAGAGCCUUUGUGCAUUUGACUGAGGCCAGUUUCUAUGAAGAGCAAGUAGCUGAGGAGAGGUCGAAUUUACUGCUUUUUCCAGGACAAUUCUGGAAGUAAAGAAAAUGUAAUUCAAGCUGGUUAGCUUAAUUUUGUGCCAUUCUUUAACAUAAGAGUAAGCUCUAUUAUGAAAUACAACUUUAAAAAAUUUUAGCUAUAAAUUAUAUAAAUGAUUUUAAAUUGCUGAGGUUUCCUUAGGCAGCUUAUUUAUUUGUUUACAGUUAGUUAGACUAUCUAUCUGAAUAAAUGGUUCUUUGUGGACCUGGGCAGUUCCUGACUGUUCCACAUGUAGUACAUUGUACCAAAGUUCUUAAUAAGAAUAUUCCCCACAAUCCUGUUCUCUAAAUGUCAAAUAAAGAUUAUUUUCACUAGA